AUGUGGGAAGAGCAAUUGAAGUCAAGAUCCCACCUUGAAGAGCGUGUUGCUCAGCUUGACAGGGAAAAGGCUGAACUCUUGGAACAGUGUGACAGUAAAGGACAGCAAGUGAAGAAGCUGGUAGAGGAGAUAUGCAGAGAUGAAGUGCAUCUGUGCGAAGAACUGAGAAUAAGCUUUGAACUACAAAAAGACUGUGAGAGGUUGAACAGGCUUCUGAACAGAACUAUUAAGAAACUAAGCGUGUAUGAGGAGAGAGAGACGGAGUCCCAGCUUAAUUUGCAGGGAGAAAUGAAGAACAGCAAACUAGGCCGAGCCGCCCCGUGCGCUCGCAGCACAGACCCCACCGGAGGCCAGCGGGGAAUUGCUGCUGCCGGGUACAUCAACACCCCCAUGAGCUUCACGGCAGCGAUCCCCGAGUACGCUGUGGGGUGCACAAUCCCCCCAGCUACCCGCCGGGGCACGCCAGGCCUGUCACUGCCCCCACCGCGCUCGGCAGAGCCGCAUCCAGGCGCCUCCUUCUCCGGACCCCUCGCCGCAGCCUGGCGCCUGAGGCCCCGGCAGAGGGCCCUGGGCAAGCUGCCCCGCGCGGCCGCCAGCGGCGACCUGGCCCAGGUGCGGCAGGGACUGAAGAAGUACGGCAUUGACGGGCGGGACAAGGCGGACCGGACACCUCUGCAUCUUGCUUGUGCAAAUGGCCACGUGGAUGUUGUUACAUAUCUAGUAGAAAACAAGUGUAAGCUAAAUCUUUUUGACAAUGAUAACAGAUCACCACUGAUGAAGGCAGUACAGUGCCAGCAAGAAAAAUGUGUGGCUAUUCUGCUAGAGCAUGGUGCUGACCCGAAUCUGGCAGAUGCUGACGGCAACGCUGCCCUUCACCUUGCUGUCCUAUCUCCUAAUACAUCUGUGGCAGGGCUGUUGCUCGAACAUAAUGCCAAUAUUGAUGCCCAGAAUAAGGAGGGAUAUACCCCGCUUAUUCUUGCUGUCUCUGAACAUCACGAAGAGAUGGUAGAGUUUCUCCUUAAAAAAGGAGCUGAUGUGCAUGCUCGAGAUCAGUGUGAAAGAACUCCACUUAUGACUGCUGCUUCUGGUGGGGAGCUUAAUUUGAUAAAAGUUCUUCUUCAGUAUGGUGCUGAUGUUUCCCAUAAAGACACUAAUGGAUGGACAGCUGAGGAUUAUGCUGUUAUUCAUGGAUAUUCUAGUCUUAGUAAACAACUGGCAGAAUACACAGACUGGGAAAACGCAGGAGAAGCUUCUGCAGGUGGUGCACAAGGCAUCAUGGUACUUAGCACUCCACACCGGGCGGGAGCUGCUGGCUUUACAUUGGGUGCACCUGCUGUGGACAGAGGAGGAAUGCAACAAUCUCCUAACCAGACAUCAAGAACAGGAAAAUCAAGGAAAGCAAUAGAUGACUUUUCCCAAGGAGACUCAAUAAGAAGCUCUGAGAAAGAGGGGAGUGAUGACAGCUGGCAUACUUCUGAGGAAGAAGAACUCGAUUUUACCCCCAAGAAGCUGCAGAAGCCAAACUUGACAUUGCUAAUGAAUGCUUCCCAGCAGUUCAGGAAAAACAAUAAUGGUGAUGGUUCUAGAAUUGAAAGUCCUAAGUCACCAAAGAAAAGCCUCAAAAAAAGAACCCCAUCAGAUGCAAACCUGAACAAAGGAGAUUGUGGAGGAUUAUUGAAUAAAGAUGUCUCAGAUGCAAGCAACCUGGAGGAAGAAGAAUUGGAGGAGGAGGAGGAAGAUGAUGAUGAAACUGACGAUGGAGAUGAUGAUGAAGAUUAUGAGGAGGAAGAGGAAGAAGAGGACGAAGAUCUUGCUCAAGAUGAAAAGGAGGAGGAAGAUCUGGAAGAUGAAGAAACUCAGUCUAAUGACAUACUGGAGAAGGAGCAGGGGGAGAAAACAGAACCUAAACCUAAAGGGGAAAUUAAUCAGCAAUUGGAGUAUUUUAAUAAUGCUAAUUAUGAAGGGGAAGCUCAGUGUGGAACUGGAGAUGUCUGUGAUGAUGAUCAUAAAGUAAGUAAAGAACCUGAUGAAAAGGUGGAGGAAUCUGUUGAUACUCCUGUGUCUUUUAUAACCGGGUGUUAUGAAAGAUUGCAAGAAAAUAUAACUGCCAUGUCUCCGAAGAUAAUGAACAAUGAAGUAUCUUGCAAGUCAGUACCAAAACAAGCUGUCUUUCAAAAUCUAAAUAAUUUGCAAGAUACACAAGAAAGCUGGAACAGGAAAAGUGUGAUUCAGGAGAACUUGCACGUAAGUGCUGACUCCUGUUUUGCAGACUCUGAAAUGAAAAAAGAGAUACCUCAGCCUCUCUCAGAUAGUUGUCUUGAGAAAAAGUCAAGCUUCAGUGAUGGCUUUGAAAGUGGUGAUAAUUCUUGGUCAGCAGCAAAAAACCCAAAGCUUGAAAGUCAAAGACCGAAUUCUGUUGUUCUUGAACAUGUGGAUGAUGAAGAUACUGAAGAAGAGCAAUAUGAAGAAGUAGAUGAUAAAGUCUGUGAAGCAGUGAAACAAGAAAGUGAAAACUUGCGCUUAAAUAGGCAUGAAGAAAACUUAAGAGCAGCGUUUCACUCAAGCACCAAAGAAGAAUCACCUGAACGGGAAGAAGAGGAGGAGGAGGAGGAGCAGAAGGAAGACACUGGUGAAGAGCUACAAACUGCAGUUGUUGAGGGUGUGAAAAAUUCUAUUUGUAAUGAUAGCCAUCAAGUCCACAAUGCUUCAAAAGACAAUGCUGGUGCCCUGCCAGCAGUGGGAGCAGAGGAAGAGGAAGAUGCUGAAUCUCCCUGGGAUUCUGAGAUUAUACAGACGGAUUCUGGAAGUCCGAGAAAAGUUUCGACUGGUGUGUUGCUCCCAGCUGCAGACAGACAUGGAGCAUGCUCACAGAUUGUUUCAGGGGAACACGACAAUGGCUUUUCAGAGAAACCAAACAAUUCCCAGCUGAAGACUCCCGAAUCUGUUUUGGAAAUGAAUGAAACCUCUCCUAAAAGAAGGCAGCAGAAAUCAGAUCUAUUGGAGGAAUUUGGUUUAGGAGAUGCAGAGGAUAUUGAAGGUGAGUACUCAGGAUCUACCUUUCAUAUGUCAUCAUCAGCUGAAAAAGAAGACAUCAAGGAUGCUAUUGAAAACUUUGGGGUGCGGGAUAAAUAUUGUUUAGAAACCAUCAACUUGAUAGAAAAAACAGCACAUGAAAAUCAGACUGACAAAGCAGAAAUUUCACAUCAGGAAGCCCUAGCAGAAAAUGAGGAAUUGCACAGUGCUGACAAGCAGUUAAGUCCAAAACCUUGGGAAGAAAGAUAUGAAAGAAUGUGGGUUGAAAAUGAGAAAAGGGAAUUGAAAACAAAUUUUAAAAACAUUACAGCAGAGCUGAAGCAGCUGUUUGGUGAAAUUAAUGAAACUGGGAAAACUACUUCCCUUGUGGAAGAAAUGUCAGAAGAUGGCUUCAGUGAAGAAUUGAAGAGUUCUCGUGUUGUUUCAUCUCAUGCGACAGAAUCAAGUAAUAAGUUAGAAAGUAAAGGUAAACUUGGAGAUAUUAAACUUAUGCUGGAUGGAAAAGAACCCAAAAUGGAAAUUGUAAUUCCUAGUCUUGGUGUCCUUCCUGAUCAAAAUAACUUAAAUGCAAACGUGGAAGAUACUUGGAGUACAGAUGAAGAAGAUAGCACAAACGAUACAGAUAAUACAAAGGUGCCUCUAGCAAAACGAGAGGAAAAGAAAAUGCUUACUAUGGAAAUGGAAGAGAAUGAAAAUGGAAUUAGUAGAAAUGUAGAGGGAAGUCCUGAAUACUCCCUGAGACAUAGCUUAAAAACAAGUAUUUUGGAUGAUGUUUCUAAUAUUUUUCCUAAAAUAAGACCUGUUUCUAUGACUGAUGAAAAUGCACUUUUUGUAACAGAAAGGAAACUUGGAAAAGACUCUGGAUUUAAUGAUGAUGUUUCCAGGGACUGCCUUAUGGACAACAAUAAAAUAGGAGAAACAGAAAUUGACAGUCUUUUUGCAAAUGCUCAGCAAUCGUGUGGCAUGCUGAAAAGGAAUCUUGAUGAAGAACUAAAACAAGAUACUGAAAGAUUUAAGAGUAAGGUAGGAAUGCUGCAAAUAGUAUUCCUGGCUUUGGAGAAGGAGAAGGUACAGCUGCAAAAAGAGGUUGAGAAGGAAAAAAGCAAACAAAGAUGUUUCAAAACGCAGGUGGUGGCAAAACAAGAAGAUCUUGAUAAAUUAAAUACACUGGCAGACAAUGUUACUAAUCAGCAAAUGAAACAACAGAUUACUCUAAGGAAGAAUGACUCUUUGAAAAUGGAGAAUGAAAACACCAUAGAAGAAAAAGACAAAAAGAAUUUUUCAUCUGAGGAGAGAUCAAAAUUGAUUAAAAUGCCGAUGAAAGGUAAAUUUGCCCUGAAUGCCAAAGUUGCAAAGAAAAAUAAAAGACAGACUUCAAAGCAGAAGGCUAAUCAGCAGAUGAGCUCUUCCAGUGGGAAUCAUUUUCAAGUACUGGAUGAUAGCACUUUCAGUGAAACAUCUCAAGAUGAAAGAAGAUGUGCAGCAAAAACAGGGAGUGAAAAGAACAAGGUCAGCAUACAAAUGGAUGUAACUGAUGAUCUUGAUUUAACUCACUCAUCUGACACAACUUCAGAGGAUGUUGAAUUACCAACUUCAACCUACAAAGAGGCUAUGUUGCUGUUAGAACAGCUUAGUGUGGAUCAUACAGGUUCUGCUAUUUUGUUGAAAAUUCAAAACAUACUUCUUGAAUAUGAACAGAUAAUAGAACGUGAAAAAAAUCGGUAUACAGCUGUUUGGAGAGAAGUAAAGAAAUUGGAAAGUGAAAAGGAGGAGUCACAAUUAGUAGCAGAAAAGACUCAAGAUUUGAAAUCCAUAUUGGCUCACCAAGAAGUGGAAUGGAAAAGUGAUAUCCAAAGCCUUAAAUUUACUUUGAAACAAGAAGAGGAAAAGAGGCUCAGAGUAGAAACGCUAUAUGAGAAAACAAGAGAAAAACUCAGAAGGAAAGAAGAUCAAUAUUGUAAAGAGAUGGAGGAGAAACAGCAACUUGAGUUACACUCAAGGAAUUUAGAAAUGGAGUUAAUAACACUGAGAAACCUCUUGAAACAGGUUGAAGAAGAGCGUGAUGAAACACAGAGACAGCUCUCUCAGGAGAAGAGUGCCAGAGCCCUGCAAGAAGGAAUUUUGAACAACCACCUUUGGAGACAGAAGGAACUAGAAGAAGAGACAAGAAGAACUACUGGAAAAAAUUCAGAGGAAUCCGACACUGAGAGAGAAAAGGAUCUGUUGUUCAGAAAUCAGUUACUACAAGAUGAGAUUGCUAUGCUAAGACUAGAACUUGAUCAAAUAAGACUUAGGCACCAGGAGGAAGAAGGAAAAUAUUUAGCGGAAAAUGAGACCUUGAAAGAAAAAAAUGAAGAUCUCAAAAAGGAACUUAAACUGAACGAGGAAGCCUUAACACAGACAGUUUUUCAGUACAACGGACAGCUGAACUUAUUAAAGACAGAAUCUGCGGUGCUAACUUCCAAACUUGAGCAGACAAAAGAAAGCAAAGACAGACUAGAGACAGAAAUUGAAUCAUUUCGUUCCCGUCUGAACACUACUGUGCAAGAACUUGAACGUCAUCAGUCAUCAAAAAGUGAUGUUGAACGAACAUUUCAGAGAGAACGUGAUGAAUGGCUUCGCUUGCAAGACAAGCUCCAUCAUGACCUCUCUGAUGUGCGAGAAACCAACAAGAGUUUGUCUCAGCAGCUGAGUAAAGCUGAAAGCAAAGCUAAUAGUCUAGAAAAUGAGCUUCACCAGUUGAAACAAAUGCUCAGAGAAAAAACAUUGCUUUUAGAAAUGACACAAAAAGAAUUAAGUCAAGCCCAGUGUCAGGCAAAGGAAUGUGAUCAUGCUCGACAACUUGAGAAAGAUCAAGUAAGCAAAUUUAUAAUAAAGCAGGAAUCUAUGCAGGAGCGAUUGGCCCAGCUCCAGAGUGAAAAUCUUUUACUCCGUCAGCAACUGGAAGAUAUGCAAAACAAGGGCAUCAUCAAAGAAAAAGUAGUGAAUGAUGUGCAGGACCGGUUUAAUGAUAUUUUCAACAAACUCAGAGCUGAUACUGAAAAGCAAGUUUACCUGGUGGAAGAGAGAAACAAGGAAUUAAAUGCCAAGUGUGCUGAUUUAAGAGAACAAGUCUUUAAAUAUGAGACUGACAAAGUAGAAAGAGAGGGCACGGUCAGACAGCUGCAGCAGGAGCUUGCUGAUGCUCUUAAAAAGCAAUCUAUGUCAGAAGCUUCACUUGAAGUUACUACGCGCUACCGCAGCGACUUGGAGGAAGACAAAUUGCACUUGCAAAAGGAGUUGGAAAAGGUUAAAACCAAGUUGCGGGAGCUGGAAGAACAGCAUCUUCAGUCUGAGCAUUGUGUUCAUGACUUGAAGGCUGCCUUGGAUAAUAAGGAAAGAGAAGUAAUAGCUUCUUCUCAGAAGCUGCAGGACCUCCUGUUGGCAUCUUCUGGGACUAAUACUACUAUAAAACAACUGGAAGAGCACGUGCAACGCCUUGAAAUUGAAAAUGCCAGAUUGGAAGCCACAGUCCAGCAACAAAGCAAUAGGAUUGAAGCCCUUCAGAGAGACCUGCAAGCCUCUGCCUCGAUGCAAAAGCAGAAUGUGCUGGCUCUGACAUCAAAGGACUCGCACAGCAUGUGGGAAGAGCAAUUGAAGUCAAGAUCCCACCUUGAAGAGCGUGUUGCUCAGCUUGACAGGGAAAAGGCUGAACUCUUGGAACAGUGUGAGAGUGAAAGAAAGAAAGUGAAGAAGCUGGUAGAGUUGAAACGCCCAGUCGAACUGCGUCUGGACCAAGAAAUGAAAAGAAACAUCGAACUGCAGAAAGACUGUAAGAGGUUGAAGAGGCUUCUGAACAGAACUAUGAAGAAACUAAGGGUGUAUGAGGAGAGAGUGAGAGAGUCCCAGCUUAAUUUGCAGGGAGAAAUGAAGAACAGGUAUUCUGAAAUGGUCAAUGAAGGUGGUAGAUUAAGAACAAAGGUUAGUGAACUUUCCCAACAGCUGGAGAUAGAGUCUAAAAAAUGCAUGCAGCUAGAAGCACAAAAUCAGGAUUUGCGAGAAGAGUUGUCUACCAUGCGUGGGAACCAUGAAAAACUGGAGAAGAGCAAAUGCCAGCUGAAAGAAGAGGUGGCUAACCUCAAACAUCGUUUGGAGACUAGCAUGGUGGAUCACAGCCAAAUAGAACAAUAUAAAAGAGAGAUGGAAGAACGAGCCGGACAAGAAAUAAGACAAAAACUACAAGAAGUCAACCUAUUUUUGCAGACGCAGGCAGCCUCCCAGGACAGAUUAGAACAAAUCAGAGCCAGUCAUCAUGCUUCACUGAGAAACCAGCUAAAACACAGAAUUAGAGAUCUCGAAUGUGAAUUGGACAGGAUAAAAAAUACCCAACAAGACAGUAUUUUUCAAAAAGAAUCCACGCAGGCAGAAGUGGAAAGGUACAAAGAGCUGUAUCUGGAGGAAGUAAAAAUUAGAAGAUGCCUAGCAAAUAAACUGGAAAGAGCUAAUGAGAGACUAGCAGAAGCCAACGCUAAGCUCCUUCAGGAGCGCCAUAGAAGCAAAUCUUUAAUCGCAAGCAGCAUUGUCAGUGGGGGUCUGGCUGCAAGUCCAGUUCUGUAUUCAACUGAACUGGGACAUCUUGGCAACAAUUUGGCACUGAACAGAAGUCUAAGUCUGGGAGGAAGCUUCCUAAGCCCAACGGGGAACGCAUUAUCAUCAAGAAACAGAGUUGAAGCGUAUGUGGCUAAGGUACGACGGGAACUGGAUGAAAAAAUCACUAAAGAACUUGAACAGGCCACUGCUGAACUUGAAACUGGAUCUGCUGGAGCUUCUCCCAUGGUAUCCACUGAUGGUUCUUCAAAAAAUUUCCAUGUUGACCAGGAUCCCCUUUGCAGGGCAAUACAGGAGUACCGUGAUGUUUUAACCAAAAAUUACCUGAUUUGAACAAAAUGCUAGGGAAAGGCUCUGGAAAUCAUUUUGUUUACAUAGUGCAUCUACGGUUUCCCAUUCUAUGGUUCAGAUGUGAAAAUGUGUUUAUUGCAGUCUGAAUAUAAAUUCUAAGUCUAUUAAAUGGAUGUGAAGCACAUUGCACUUACCUGUUGGUUUAUUGAUGCAUAGUUAUUUUAUUUUGCACUCACAAUAAGAACCAUAUCUAUUUUUUCUGACUAGCAGAUUGACUAAUCUUGAUUCUUGAGCUUGGCAGAACUGUCAAAAUGUUUUUUAUGAAGGUAGAUGCUUUAUUUUGCUCCACUCAUGUUCUGUGUUUUAACAAAAGCAUUCCCUUUGUUCUGUUUAAUCCUUUCACUCUGAUGUGUUUUUAAUGUUUCCAGUGUUUAUUUUAAUGCUUAGGACAUUAUUUGAUGUGCUUUGAGCCCGCUGCUUCAGUCCUGAUGCAGUGAAUGUUUCUGCUGAUAAAGUGAAAGUUUUACCAGUGUUCAAGCUGGAGAAUAGGGCACUUUACAUUGCUGUCACUUUAUGCACCUUAGGUUUAAAAAUACUGUGAGUGUCUAGUAGUGCCAAGACAGUUGUUAUGUGGUCUUUUUGGUAUGUUUGUUUUGUAUCACAGAACCACGGAAUGGCUGAGGUUGG